AUGGCCAAUUGUAACUUUAUUGAUGAAGCCGUAAAAAUAAUUAAAAAAGCUAUUGAUGAAGACGGUAGAGGAGAAUACGAACAAGCCUAUAAACAUUAUAAUAAUGCUUUAGACUAUUUCUUCAAGGCGUUAAAAUAUGAGAAAAAUGAACAAAGAAAAGAUUCUAUACGUAAGAAGAUGAUCGAAUACCUCUCUCGGGCUGAAAAAUUAAAGGAAUAUUUAAACGGUAAAGAUAAAUCUAAAGAAAGCUCAAAUAAAAAAGCCAUUAAAGCAAAUGGGGAAGACGGCGGAAAGGGGAAGAAGAAAAAUGGAAAUAGCGAAGAUGAUGAUGAAGAAAGCAAAAAGUUACGAGGAGCAUUGACAAGUGCUAUCUUGACCGAAAAGCCUAAUAUUCGUUGGGAAGAUGUUGCUGGAUUGGAAAUAGCUAAAGAAGCAUUAAAAGAAGCUGUUAUCUUACCUAUCAAGUUUCCUCAAUUAUUUACUGGCAAACGGAAACCAUGGUCGGGUAUUUUAUUAUAUGGCCCUCCUGGCACUGGAAAAUCCUAUCUUGCAAAAGCAGUUGCUACUGAAGCAAAUUCUACUUUUUUUUCAGUUUCAUCUUCAGAUUUGAAUUCUAGACUUGUUAAGAAUCUUUUUACAAUGGCCCGUGAGAGUAAGCCAGCUAUUAUUUUUAUCGAUGAAGUCGAUUCGCUUUGUGGACAACGAGGUGAAGGUGAAAGUGAAGCAAGUAGAAGAAUUAAAACAGAGUUUCUCGUUCAGAUGAACGGUGUAGGAAAUGACCCAACUGGAGUCCUUGUGUUGGGUGCAACAAAUACCCCUUGGCAGUUGGACAGUGCUAUUAGGCGACGAUUUGAAAAAAGGAUUUACAUACCACUUCCAGAAGCAUCUGCAAGGGCUAAAAUGUUUGAAUUAAAUGUUGGUAAUACACCUUGUACUUUGACACUUAAUGAUUAUAAACAUUUGGCCGAAAUGACGGAAGGAUAUUCAGGUUCUGAUAUUGCCGUUGUGGUACGUGAUGCCUUAAUGCAACCUAUUCGUAAAGUUCAGACUGCAACACAUUUCAAAUCGAAGGAAGCACCUUCUUUCGAUGAUCCUGAAGUCAUUAAAAAAUACUUAACUCCUUGUUCACCUGGAGACGCUGAAGCAAAAGAAAUGACAUGGAUGGAAGUAAAUUCUGAUGAAUUAUUAGAACCUGAUUUAACUCUGAAGGAUUUCGAAAAAGCCAUAAAAAUUGCCAGACCUACAGUUAAUGCAGAUGAUAUUAGUCAACAUGUGAAAUUCACUGUAGAUUUCGGACAAGAAGGAUAA